AUGAAAUAUAUACAUAAUACUCAAAUGGCAAAUAUUCAAACGACUAUUCCAUUCAAGCUGCGUAAGCGAACAGGUUUAGUAAAUAAUGUUAAAAAAUCUAACUUAGAAAAUGAAGAUAUCACAAACAUAAAUACCUUGCAGAAAAGGAGGCUAUCUAGUAAUUCAAGAGAUUACGAAAGUGAUGUAUGCUCCCCACGGAAAGUAGGAAGACUAAAUAGUAUUACUAACAGUAAAGAAUUGAAUGGAGUUCUAGAAGAUAACUUAAGUAACAAUAAAAUUGAAACGCUGAAGCCAUUAACAAGCAGAGAAAAAGAGAUUGAGUUUCUCGAGAACUUUUUGACUGAUCAUCUUGACAAUGAGAAACCUGCAUCAUUAUAUAUAUCAGGACAGCCUGGUACUGGAAAAACUGCUUCUUUGUCAUAUAUACUUCAGUUGGAUAAGAUAAGAGAUGGUUACACCCAAGUGUACAUAAACUGCACUAUGAUGAAGUCAGCAGCAAGUAUAUACAACAGAUUUUGCAGCGAGCUUAAAAUUAAAACAUCAGGAACUUCUGAAAAGGCAUGCCUGAGUGCAAUAGAAAAGUAUUUUAGCAAGAAACAUAAAAUGAUCCUCCUAGUAUUAGACGAAAUAGACCAAUUGGACAGUAAGCGGCAGUCUGUGCUUUAUACUAUAUUCGAGUGGCCAGCUCGAAAUGACUCCAAAAUAGUGCUAAUAGGAAUAGCCAAUGCCCUGGACCUUACAGAAAGAACUCUACCCCGGCUGCAAGCGCGCUGUUCCCUUAGACCACAGACUCUGCAUUUCGCCCCAUACUCCAAAGAACAGAUAAUAAAUAUCUUCACCAAUGUACUGACAAAGGAGGAUAGAACUAAUGUCUUUUCGGCUCCAGCUUUGCAGAUGUUAGCAGCCAAGAUUGCUGCUGUAUCCGGUGACAUGAGACGAGCGUUAGACAUCGGCCGUAGAGUAAUAGAAUUGGCUAGACGCAACAAAUUCGCUGAUAACAAAUCUUUGGACAAUAUAAUGCAAGACUCAACUGUUACCGUUGAACUAAAACAAGUUCUAGCCGUACUAAAUGAAGUGUAUGGGGGAUCUAGGCAAAUUGACACGGACGUGGAAGAGGGAAUGCCGAUGCAGCAGAAAUUGAUUCUGUGCAGUUUGCUGCUGAUGCUGACAAGGGGGAAGAACAAAGAAAUCGUCAUGGGGAAACUGCACGACGUCUACAAGAAAGUUGCAUCAUCACGCAAUAUUGCGCCGCUGGAUCUCUGCGAAAUGUGUGGCGCAUGCGGUUUACUGGAGGCGCGGGGUGCGGUGUCGGUGAGCGGGGCGGGGGGAGCGCGCGCGCGCAAGUUGCGUCUCAACUGGGACGAGGGGGGAACUGGCCGCGGCUCUAGCUGA